AUGAACAAGAAGAACCGCGACCGCUCAAACAGCAUCGAGGACGCAGAUUGCGAUAUCAAAAUCAACCACAACAACCCAGAACGACACCCCAAUCACGUCAGACAGCGAGGGAAUUCAAUAGAGAAUGACGACGAUUCCGACGAUGGCCGAUACCGACCAGAAGACAUCGAUAGUAUCUAUCUUGAAGACUACGAUACCUGCUUGUACGAUAGCAACGGCGACUGCUAUCGUUACGAAGCCGUUAUGCCAAGCUCUAAGACUACAGAUCCCGAUGCCUCUCUCGUACCCACAAAGACCCAGGGUGUUCUCUCGACCGAAACCGCAGCAGAAGUAAUUCAAGGAAAGCUGGAGAGUGAGAUCGAGACGCUUGACAUUCGUCAUUCGGCGUCAUGGAUCGAAGGGAAAGAACAAGCAAAAGGCAGCUGCAACAUAGUAUCGCUCCAGUCACCACCAUGGACUACAAAUCUCCCUGCGAAGAGACCGUGGCAUGAGUACGGUCUCACACCCGGAGGCUUCCCACGGCACGGCCGACUCUCGCCUUGGCUCUACCUUUGCGAUCACACCUGCGAUCUGAGCUUGUGCGACAUCACCUUCCGGUUACCCUAUACUUGUCCGCUCGGUUCAGGCUGUCGCUGGAGACACGAGAUUCUCUGGGACGAGCUGAGCUUCCUUAUCACCAGCGGUCGACUCACCCUCCGACGCGCUCGUAUUAUGAUCGCGAAUUGGCAGUCAUCUGCGUCGAUGUCUGAUGACUCUGACGCUUGGAACCGCAUGAACGCGAUAAUCGACCGUCUGCAGUACCUUGAGGCGCCAGCUAUACUUAGAUACACAUAUCCGUAUCUGUUCCCCGUCCGGGACUCUCACGCUCUCUUCGAGAGACUGAGCGACUGA